AUUUCAAUCAAGCGGGAUAAAAUUGGGGGAUAUUUCGCAGAACAAAGGGAAGAGGUAAGCGACACAGGUCACAAACCCACCCCCUACUCCACUUCGCAGCGGUUGUGACAACCACCCCCCCUUUGUUUGCAAAGCGCUUUUAAAACUUGCGUUACAAGAUGUCAUCUUUAAUAAGGCGUGGAAAAAAGAACGACAAUAACGUUGGGUAUAUCUUUAAAAGGUAUGGAGAUUGGCAGAAAAUGGCGUGGAAGAUGGUCUUAAUACAGCCCAUUCAUUAUAAAAUAGUUGGAUCAUUAUUUUAUUGGCUUGGGCUGUUUAUGAAGUUGCUGUGGCCAUUGUUAAAAAGGGAAAUGCAUUUAAAAAAUAUUAUCAGACAUUUCACUAUAGCAGUGCUAUAGACAUCUAAAUGAACUGACACUAUAGUAUUUAAUAAAAAGCUUUAGCAGAGCCCAACAUUGCAAUACAACCAAAAGCAGCAGCAGCAAAAACAACAACAACAACAA